AUGCUAAAAAACUGUACAUUUUGGUCUAUUCCAGUACCUGAUGACCUCUCCAUGGAAGAAAGAGAAGAGCUUUUAAAUAUUCGUCGCAGGAAAAAAGAACUGAUUGAUGAUAUUGAGAGAUUAAAAUUUGAAAUUGCUGAGGUUAUGACAGAAAUUGAUAAUCUGACUAGUGUGGAAGAAAGCAAAACUACACAAAGAAAUAAGCAAAUAGCCAUGGGAAGGAAGAAAUUCAACAUGGACCCCAAGAAGGGAAUACAGUUUCUGAUAGAAAAUGACCUCCUGCAGAACACUGCAGAAGACAUUGCACAGUUCCUUUAUAAAGGAGAAGGAUUAAAUAAAACCGUAAUUGGAGAUUACCUCGGUGAAAGAGAUGAAUUUAAUAUUAAAGUUCUUCAGGCUUUUGUUGAACUCCAUGAGUUCGCUGAUCUCAAUCUUGUACAAGCCUUAAGGCAGUUUCUGUGGAGCUUCAGACUCCCAGGAGAGGCUCAAAAAAUUGAUCGUAUGAUGGAAGCUUUUGCUUCACGCUAUUGCCUUUGUAACCCAGGAGUCUUCCAGUCUACAGAUACAUGCUAUGUGCUGUCAUUUGCAAUCAUUAUGUUAAAUACCAGUCUGCACAACCACAAUGUAAGAGAUAAACCAACAGUAGAGAGGUUUAUUUCUAUGAAUCGUGGAAUUAAUGAAGGUGGAGACCUUCCAGAGGAAUUGCUACGGAAUUUAUAUGAAAGUAUUAAGAAUGAGCCGUUUAAAAUUCCAGAGGAUGAUGGAAAUGAUCUAACGCAUACAUUUUUUAAUCCAGAUAGAGAAGGUUGGCUGCUGAAAUUAGGAGGGGGAAGAGUAAAAACGUGGAAACGGAGAUGGUUUAUUCUGACUGAUAAUUGCCUGUAUUACUUUGAGUACACAACAGACAAAGAACCUAGAGGAAUUAUUCCAUUAGAAAACCUUAGCAUAAGAGAAGUUGAAGACCCUAGAAAACCAAACUGCUUUGAGCUCUAUAACCCCAGUCAUAAAGGUCAAGUAAUUAAAGCGUGUAAAACUGAAGCUGAUGGUAGAGUGGUCGAAGGCAACCAUGUAGUGUAUAGAAUAUCUGCUCCUACCCCAGAAGAAAAAGAAGAGUGGAUUAAAUCCAUCAAAGCAAGUAUCAGCAGGGAUCCCUUCUAUGAUAUGCUGGCAACAAGGAAACGAAGAAUUGCAAAUAAGAAGUAG